AUGACUUUCAAUUCUCACAAUCGUACAGUAGAUUCUGUAACAUUUAUACCAGACGCAACUCAUCUCCUUAGUUGUAGCAGCGAUGGCAGCAUAGGAUUAGUAAGAUGUGGAAAUUGGCAGUUGAAAAAACAUUGGACGUCAGCUCACGAAAAUUCAAAAUUAAAUACAUUAGCAGUUCAUCUCACUGGUAAAUUAGCAUUAUCAGUUGAUACUGACGGAGUAAUUCAGACAUGGAACCUGGUAAAAGGACAACAAGCUUACGCGACGAAUUUAGUACCGAUGUUGAAACUUAAUGCUAAAAAUAUAACCGUCUUACGGUGGAGUCCAGACGGUUUGAAAUAUUUGAUGGUAGCAAACAAUCAGCUAGACGUUUACACGGCGGAAAAUGCUGGUCUUUGUGCUGAAAUUACACUGGACUCUAAAAUCGUUUGUGUUGAAUUUAUCAGCGACAAUGUUAUCGUUAUUGGACUGGAAAAUGGUACACUGAAAAUUUGA